AUGGGCCUGAACCCAAGCUCCAUCAUCCUACUCCAAGACCUCCACCCUGACACCACCGCGCAAAAAAUCACCAAUUUUUUUCAAGCUCUAGAUGAACCCACCCACACCAUCACCACCAAGCCCAUUCAAAAGAUUGUAUUCAUAAGGGACUGUGGUACAAAGGCCAGUCGGGGGCUGGCAUUUGUCCAAUUCAAGGACAAUGCUGAUGCACUCAACAAAACCAAAGUGAUCAACGUCACUGAAUGGGAGAAUGUGGAGGUGUGGAAGACAAUUGAUGGGAUCCCAUUUGCAAACGGCUUAGCAUUGAAACCAUGUAGAUCAACCCGGAGGUAG